UGUUAACUUAAAAAAUAAAAGAUCCUGGAGGCUGCCUUGCGACACUAGCUAAAACACUCUUUGAUAACUGGGUUAUAGAAACGAUGGAAAAUGUUAAAUUUAAUGUACAAAAUACAGUUUGAUUACCCACAAUGCAACGCUGUAAUAGUUUAGCUAAAGCUAACAAACGGCUGACACAUUUCUACUCUUUUCAGCUUCCGCUAAAGCUCCACAAACCAAGCAGACGGAUCACGAGUUAAACAAAGAUGAGAAUGAUAGUAUUUAUUAAAUAUAACAUACAAUACUUAAUUACUUUCUCUUUUAUUUAAAAUUAUACUUCUCCCUGUGUCUUCGUGUGAUGACUUCAGAAACAGUUCUGCUGCCACCUGCUGUUCGUUAGUGAAAACUGCAUCCAUCUGUGGGGAAACGAGACAAACUACAAAGUGAUCCCAGUUUUCAGACCUCCUUCACACAACUGUAGUUCAGGACAUGGGUAAACUUAUGGAGGAACUACUAAAACCACAGACUGGAGGCGAUAUUGCUGUAGUACGUCAGAGGGCAGCUGGACUGGAGGAGAAGGGAGGCUGGGAGUGGACCAGUAAACCGAUGAGGGAGGAGAGGGAGGAUGGCGAGAGAGCAGCAGCAGACAACCAGCAACAAUGGACGACUCUCAACAGUUUAAUAGAAAUCCUAAGUGAAGCUCAGCCCGGAGGCAGGUUUUGGUCCCAGACUCUGAAAACUUUCUGCUGCUUCGCCCCGGUGGCUGCAGUGUGGUUUGCCUGCCAGCUGGAGGCGCUGCCGGGCCCCGCUCUGCCGGAGGAGGACGCAUGCUGCAGGCUGCUGUUACUGUGUUUACUGUGGGCAGUUCUGGCUGGAGGUAUUUACGCUCUGAAAGGCUGUCUGCAGCCAGAACCGAACAGGGAACCUCCACAGAGGAAACAGCAGCUGGUUGAGCCUGAAAUCAGCAAAAAUCUGUACUCAUGCCCGCUCUCCGGGCCGCCCCUGGUUUGGACCCCGGAGGCCUCGGUUCCUCUGACCCGGGCCCUGACCGACAGUUUGCUGCUGUGUGUGCUCCAGGAGCCGCUGCAGGACCCCGCCGUGUCCCACAUCGAGGCUCUCCGCUCCAGGCUGCAGGCGGUGGCUGUCACCCUGUAUAAGGUGAACUUUGGCCCGGAGGCGACGCUGGAGGAGGCGGGCCGAGGCUCCGCGCUGACGGACAAACUGAAGCUGCUCUGCGCCUACCUACAGCAGAGGACGGCAUCCCUCCAGGUUCUGGUCCAGGUCCAGAGCGACUUUGAGUCCAGCGUUGAGGACUUACUGCAGGGGCUGGACGGGCUCUGGACCCAGCUGGAGGAGCUGCACACUGGAGUGACACUCACCAAAAACGACAGCCAGGGCAGCAGAGACCUGACUUUGGUUCAGGAAGACGCCGAGAGCUUGGUGUCAGUGUUGGCUCAGUACCGGACCAAACUGCACUCCUGUCAGGCUCACCUGAAAAGCUGCACACAGCUCCUACAGGAACUAACUUGGAGUCACGCUCACAUCAGUACCAAAGUGAACAGCAGCUGCGAGUCCGUCUGGGCCGAGCUUUUGCUUCAGUCCAACAUCGAACAGUUUGACAAAGUUCAGGAGAAUUUCAGCUCUCUGGAGCAGCAGACUGCCACCUUUAAGACCCACCUGGAGGGACUUGGAAUAGACCAUCAGGACGAACCUGUCGGGCCGCUCGCUGCUGCUAACAGAACCGAUGCGGUUCCCUCCCUGCCAAACCCCCUUCAUAUUGUGGAUUUGCCUCUGAGGACCUCAACCCCCAUAGGAACGAAGAAAUACUCCCAUUUAUCGCUGCGCGAGAGGUCGGCACUCAAGUUCUCCUCCACGAUGGGAUGCUUACCCAAACCUGGAAGGAAGAAAUGAUUUUAUUUACCUGAAAGAUUCAGGUUUUAUAAUUAGAACUGCUUUAAUUUAUAAAAUGUUUUGCAGAUGUUGAUCAUCUGCUGAAUGCCUCUGAAUUAAGUAUUUAUUUUUAUUUGUUUACUUUGUACAGGAUGCAGCUUGUGUAUAUUUCCAUCUAUAACUCAGCUUCAGUGAUGUCAGCUUAUCAGCAGGUGCAGAGAAUGUUUUGAACACUAGGGGGCAGACUUACACCGGAUGUUACAACAAUGCACGGCUUUGUUCUGGGACAGUCAGCAUUUCUUCAAGACUAAAGCGGAAAAAGCUUUGAUUAAUUCUUUUUAAAAAUUAAAAAAAGAAAAUGCUAUUUGCUGAUUUACUCUAAAAACACAGAAUGAGUUUCAAGCUAAGAAAGUUUUAAAGAAAAUAUUUUCAGCACAUUUUCCCCAUAAAAAGUGAGACAAUAUUUUUAUUCACGAUGCAACUCUAAGCAGUUUAUAAUUUUCUUUUAAUUUUAAAUCUGUAUCUUAUGGACCUUGCUUGGAGCAGUUUGAGAUUUAUGUAAAUGCAUUAAAUUAUUAAUUACUUCAAA